CAAUCUGUAUGUACACAGAGCUGUGGUCCAGGAUUCUGGAAAGUUCUACAAAAAGACAGACCGGUCUGCUGUUUUUCUUGUGCAUUUUGUCCAGAGCAGCACAUUUCCAACCAGACAGAUCAGCAGGAGUGCAUCCCUUGCCCAAGUCAAGAGUACCCAAACCCUGAGAGAAACCACUGCCUGCCCAAGGCAGUGACCUUCCUUUCCUUUGAGGAUCCUCUGGGCAUUGCUCUGGCCUGCACAGCUCUGUGCUUCUCUAUCAGCACAAUUGCAGUUCUGGGGAUCUUUCUCAAACACCGAGAAUCAGCAAUUGUUAAGGCCAAUAACCGGACUCUCAGCUACAUCCUGCUCAUCUCCAUCCUCCUCUGCUUCUUCUGCUCCUUUUUCUUCAUUGGACGCCCAAACAUAGUCUCCUGCAUACUGCAACAAAUAACAUUUGCACUUGUGUUCACCUUGGCUCUUUCCACUGUUUUGGCAAAAACUAUAACUGUAAUUCUGGCUUUUAAGGUCAUGAAGCCAGGAAGAACAAUGAGAAGGUUGUUUGUCUCAGGCGUCUAUAAUACUGUCAUUCCCAUCUGUGUCCUGAUCCAACUUAUUCUUUCUGGAGUCUGGCUGGGAAUCUCGCCUCCCUACAUUGACUCAGAUGAACACUCUGAACAUGCUCAUGUCAUCAUUUUAUGCAACAAGGGCUCAGUUACUGCUUUCUAUUGUGUGCUGGCUUACUUAGGGACCAUGGCUUUAGGCAGCUUCACUGUGGCUUUCCUGGUAAGGAACCUGCCUGACACAUUCAAUGAGGCCAAGUUCCUGACAUUCAGCAUGCUGGUCUUCCUCAGUGUCUGGGUCAUCUUCAUCCCUGUCUACCAGAGCACCAAGGGCAAAGCCGUCGUGGCUGUGGAGGUCUUCUCCAUAUUGGCCUCUAGUGCAGGGCUGCUGGGGUGCAUCUUCUUCCCUAAGUGCUACAUUAUUCUCUUAAGACCUGAUAAAAACUCUUUGAGAUUUAUUAAAAACAAAAUACACAGAAAUUAUAAAUCAUUUUAA